UCCAGCUCCCAAUUCCGGAUUGCUGGUUUUCCUUCGUCUUUUGUUGUGUUGCUUCAUUUCUCUCCGGCUAUGGACGUGAGCGGUGCAAUGCAGGGAGCCUGGGGCGGAGGAGCCGCGGGGGCGCUGCUGCCCUGCCAGCGUCUGGAGAGGUCGCGUUGCGGCCGGAUGGAAUGCCGCUACUCUGGUGUACGCUAUGGCAGGAGCGGGACAUUGGAACAUGAUCGUUGUGGGGUCAGGAAGGCACAUUUCGAAUCGACACUGCAGAACGUAUCAUGGGGACAAGACCGCAAGAAGCCUUUGAUCGUGAGGGCUUCCUCAGAGAAAGUCAGUUUUCCAGUAUCAGAAUCGCGUGCAGCGAAUUUGCGUAGGUUAUUAGAACAGCCAGGGAUUCGUCAAGCGCCAGCGUGUUAUGAUGCUUUGAGUGCGAGCCUUGUGGAGAAAGCUGGAUUCGACAUCACUUUUAUGAGCGGUUUCUCUGUGUCAGCGGCGAGAUUAGCAGCUCCAGAUGCAGGUCUGAUAUCUUACGAGGAGAUGGUGGACCAAGGUCGUAUGAUUAAUGCAGCAGUGAAGUUUCCUGUUAUUGGAGACGCAGAUACAGGCUACGGGAACGCCCUUAAUGUGAAACGGACAGUAAAAGGCUAUAUUCAGGCUGGAUUUGCUGGGCUACUUCUUGAAGAUCAGGUCUCACCUAAGGCCUGCGGUCACACAAAAGGCCGCAGCGUGGUUUCAAGAGAUGAAGCAGUGAUGAGGAUACGUGCGGCUGUAGAUGCGCGAAAAGAGGCAGGAUCUGACAUCGUCAUCGUGGCCCGUAGUGAUGCCCGCCAAGCAGUAUCUUUAGAGGAAGCUCUCUGGCGAGUGCAAGCAUUUGCAAACGCUGGGGCUGACGCAGUUUUUAUUGAUGCUUUGGCAUCUCGGAGUGAGAUGCAAGCUUUUUGCAAAGUUGCACCAGGAGUGCAUAAAAUGGCCAACAUGUUGGAGGGAGGCGGCAAAACACCCAUACUUUCACCUUUAGAGCUUGAAGAUAUUGGAUUCAAAAUCGUAGCGUACCCUCUGUCUUUAGUGGGAGUCUCCAUCCGCGCAAUGCAGGAUGCACUAGCAGCAUUGAAGAGUGGGCGUCUUCCGCCUCCUAGUUUACUUCCCUCUUUUGAAACAGUCAAAGAUAUUGUAGGAUUUCCAAAAUAUUAUGAAGAGGAGGCUCGGUACUCUACUGGAUCUUCGACCAAGAAUUCAUCUUAUAGUCGCAUGCCAGCAAACGCGUCAGUGACAUCUAGUAAUGAGCAAUCUACUGCUGUUGUUCCGGACUUGGUGAUACCAGACGGAGAAAGUAGCAAAGAUCCUAGUUCCAGAGUGGCAGAAGUUGUUGAAAGCUUUAGUCCAAGAAGUAUGCGCAGUACCAUUGCAGGAAUGUGGUCACGUACUCUCCGUAUUAAAGUUACUGGCAAAGAUGGCACUGUGAAACUUAACGUCUCAAUCCCGGCUGGAUUUUUGGAAGGUUUUUCAAGCGCUAUUCCAGCUGUUGCAGGCUUGGAUCUUCAGCUUAUCCUGGAAAAAGCUCAAAUCAACUUGGGGAGUAAAUUAGAAGGUGAAUCUGUUCUAGCUGAUUUCAAUGACCCUGCUGGGGAUCGCAUUCAAGUCAUUUUGGAAUAAUUUAACGCACUGUCGCUACAGACUUGUGCCAAUCAUAAACUUGUAAUCAUGUCACAUUUCAUCAAAAUGUCUCUGAAACAUGCUUGAAUUA